GCGCGGCGGGCGGUGGCGGCGAGGCGGCGGCCGAGAAGAUGGCGGACGGCGACAGCGGCAGCGAGCGCGGCGGCGGCGGUGGGCCGGGCGGUUUCCAGCCCGCGUCUCGCGGCGGCGGCGAACAGGAGACGCAGGAGCUGGCCUCAAAGCGGCUGGACAUCCAGAACAAACGCUUCUACUUAGAUGUGAAGCAGAAUGCCAAGGGCCGCUUCCUCAAGAUCGCCGAGGUGGGCGCGGGCGGUUCCAAGAGCCGCCUGACGCUGUCCAUGGCGGUGGCUGCCGAGUUCCGUGACUCUCUGGGCGACUUCAUCGAGCACUACGCGCAGCUGGGCCCUAGCAGCCCUGAGCAGCUGGCGGCGGGUGCCGAGGAGGGCGGCGGGCCGCGGCGCGCGCUCAAGAGCGAGUUCCUGGUGCGUGAGAACCGCAAGUACUAUCUGGACCUCAAGGAGAACCAGCGCGGCCGCUUCCUGCGCAUCCGCCAAACGGUCAACCGCGGCGGUGGCGGCUUCGGCUCGGGUCCCGGGCCCGGCGGCCUGCAGAGCGGCCAGACCAUCGCGCUGCCUGCGCAGGGCCUCAUCGAGUUCCGCGACGCGCUGGCCAAGCUCAUCGACGACUACGGAGGCGAGGACGACGAGCUGGCAGGCGGCCCGGGAGGCGGCGCCGGAGGCCCAGGGGGCGGCCUGUAUGGAGAGCUCCCGGAGGGCACCUCCAUCACGGUGGACUCCAAGCGCUUCUUCUUCGAUGUGGGCUGCAACAAAUACGGGGUGUUUCUGCGAGUGAGCGAGGUGAAGCCGUCCUACCGCAAUGCCAUCACCGUGCCCUUCAAAGCCUGGGGCAAGUUCGGAGGCGCCUUUUGCCGGUAUGCGGAUGAGAUGAAAGAAAUCCAGGAACGACAGAGGGAUAAGCUUUAUGAGCGCCGUGGUGGGGGCAGCGGCGGCGGUGAAGAGUCAGAGGGCGAGGAGGUGGAUGAGGAUUGAAACAGGCAGCUUCCCCUUCAGGCCUCCUCCACCCCACCACCAUCUCCUUGGCUAGAGAAUUCCUCUUCCUGCUCAUCCCCAGUGAGUAGUGGAGAGGGAGCAAGGGAGGCCGCAGAGGGAAAAAAACAAAACAUAAUAUAGUUAAGAGAAAUAAUCAGAACAGUGACGGACAACUUGAGAAAAGCAGUCAAGUUCCAAGGAACUGACAGCAACCUGCAAAGAGAGGACAACAGCAUCUCUUCACCUGCAUAAAAUACUCUCAGCUUCUGUUGUUUCUCAGCUGAGGUUCCUAAACCCAUCAGGAUAAUCCCUGAAGGAAAUAGAUCCUUGCGCAUCUGGGGCAAGAAACACGUCCAAGUUACCCAGACCGUUGAUAACAGUUGCAUUUAGGUUGUACCUGGGUAAUCUGGAAUAAAAGAUCUCUCUAGGCCUCAUUGUUGCAGUGUCUAUCCCUUCACAUCCAUUGAAAUCAGCAUUUUGAAUCUAGGUCUUCAUGGAAUCCUUGAGAGGCCUUUACAGUUACCCAGUUUUGAGGGUUCAGGUUCACGAAAAGAAAUGCAACUUCGGAUAAUCGUGAACAGGUUAAAGAUAAGAAUUCCAGAAGCCAUCUAAGAAUACAGAACCAAAUUGGAUCCAUUUUUUUUUUUAAAAAAAAAUGGUUUUGCAUGGAACCUGGACCAAGGCAAAUGUCUUUUCUUUGAAGAAUUGUUUUCCGGGAUGCCAGUGGAUUCAGAUAUCAGUGCUUGAAGUAGAAUCCAUUACUAAAAUAGUUUCAAAGUCGACAAAUUUUCGAAGAUAAAAGCAGUUUCACAUUGGGGUUUGCUGAGGUAGGCACAAGAAAAAGUCAGGCAUAAAGCACAAGGCAGACUCUUUGAGUGGAUUGGUUGCUGCUCACUAAAGUUCUUCCCCUGAUCUCUUAAUACGGAGGUCAUUACCAAGAAAUGGCUUUGGUAUGAAUGAGAGCCAGAUCUCCACUGUGUGAGCCAGUGCAUUAUGGCUAAUUCGGCUGUUACAGCCACUGGUUGGCUGGAUUUUAAACCAUAAAACUUGAAGAUUACCUACAAAAGGAACAGUGUGGCUAUAAGCCUGAGCUUUAAUGGAAUAUACAUCCUCAUGGAAAAGUUAGGAAUAACCAAAACUGAAGUCUUAAUUUACCUUCAGUUUAAUCUGUGGAUUUGUUCAAAUACUAAAGAUCCUCAGGUCCAGAAUUCCAGCAUCGUUUAUUCUUUUUAAAUUUUUAAGAACUUGAUCCAUUGUAUCAGUACCUCACAAUCAGAGUUGGCAAAUGAUGGAUGAGUGAUUCAAGCAGUGCACCCGGUGGAAGCUGAAAUCCAUCUGUGAAUGGAACUGAAGUGAACGUGAAUAUGCUGACUAUCUCCUGGAAGCAUUUUUAUACCAUCUUGAAAUUUCAACAAACUGGCUUUUGCCAGUUUAUCCAGCUGUCUUUCAAGAAUAAAAGUUGGGGUUUUCAAGGAUCGCCUCUUCUAUAUUUUAAAUGGAUUUUCAGUAGAAAUGAUUUUUACUAAUCAAGUUAAUCCCACCCCAUCAAAAGGUAUUCCUAGAAAUGUCAUAGACCUAGGUAACUUUGAAUUGAAUGGGAGCUAACGUUCUUUCCAAAGUUUUCAGGUGAUUUACGUGACACCUUCUCAACCAGGAGGCAAGUAACCCCACCUCCACAAUCUUAGUAUUUUUUUUAACUACAUGCCUGCCCCUUAUUUGAGCUGCCUUUUUAAUUUAUUGCAUAUCCCUUUUAUUAUCUUAUUUUGGUAUUAUUCAAUCUAUACAAUCUUUUUGUAUUUAUUGGGAAAUGAGUAAUAUACAAAAAGGUUUUCAUGUAUUUGUGGCUGAGAGGGCGGGAAAUAAUUGUGUACAUAAAAUUAGGCUUUUUUAAAAAAAUAGACUGAUGCAGAAUAUUGUUGAUCUUAGAUUUAAAAAAAAAAAAAAAAAAAAAGGAAGAGCCACAAACAUUGGUGCCCUUUUCAGACUAUUUCUCUACUCUCAUCAUCCACAGUAGAAUUUUUAAACAGAUUUUUUUAAAGCUUUUCUUUUAAAUUUUUCUCCGUUGCAAAGAAUGUUUCCUAAAUUGUAUGGGAGCAAUAGUAUUUUUGAUGUUUUAAUGACAUCCGUAUACUUGUACUGUAUUUUGUACUACAAGGCAGCUGUUUUCAAUAAUGUCCUGCUGUAUUUACCUAUGUGUUUUGAGUGUUUAUUUCUUUGCUUCGGAGAACAAAUUCCUAAAUAGUUUUAGUAAAGGAGCUGAGAAGCUAGCAUUAGGUUUGCAGAAACUGUUUAAGUUUCAAACUCUGAGGCAGCAGUGAAAAUUAAGGUUGCAGCUAUUAGUUGAUUGCUGUAACUUUUUCAUUUUCAAACCAUGUACAAUUCCUGUAUAGACCAACUUGUUUUCUUGCUUCAGUGGUGGUUCUAUUGCUCAGCUGCAGUGAGCCAGUUCAAUUUUGCAAAGGUGCAGUACCUCUCCUUUUCAAGGGGUUGGUUUAUUCUUUUUCUUUUCUUUUUGUUUGGCUGAAUUGCAGUAACUAGCCUUGCCUUUCUAUUCUGUAGAAAUGACAGGGUCUUCACAAUCCUUCACCAGUGGCUACUAAGCUAUAAUUAGCUGAAUAGAAAGAAUGUGGAAGUGGUCUGAGGCAUAUAGAGUAUAUGCCAAGAACACUACCAUAUAUGGCAUCAGCUUUGGUUACCAGAGAAAUUUUCUUAGUCAUUAGACCAUAUAACAGUAAUAUAUCAUAUGUAAAUCUUUAGAUAUCAAUUUGAGAAUCCUCCAAACAAGGAGCAAAGAAUGCAUAAGCUAUGUGUUGGCAAAAGUAAUUUAUAUUAAAAUUUUGACCUGCCUAUGUAAGAUUAAGUGGUAAUGUCAUAGUGGUGGGUUUUUAAGUCUUAACCAAUCUCUAAGGUUUGUUUCUCCUGCAAGAGAUGGUUCAUGGCCUCUCUUCCCACUGCAGGAAGAUUGCAGAAGGCUGUGGACUAAUUGUAGCAUUUCACUGAUCUUCAUUCCAGUCACUAGGGACAAUAGAAACCUGUAAAACACAGAAAUUAAUUUGUAAAUAUUUUUAAUAGCUUAUUAAAGGAAAUGGUCUUUGUUAAUUCCAGUUGGAAAAUGGCAUUGUACAGACAUGGGUAACAACCGUUUUUGUUUGUUUGUUUUUCAGUUGUUGCAUAAUGAUUUUUGAGCCUUUUUUUUAACUUUGGCAGAUAUCCCAGCUAAUCAAAAUAAUCAUAUUCCUGAGAAGUAGGAAACUAAAACUUCUUUUAGUGGUGGAAGGUUGGUGGAAGGUUCAUUUCUCAAAACUACUAUAGUUACAAAGAUGAAAAGCCAAAUUUAGGAACAGAAUCAAAAAAACAAAAAUCUGUGAAGAGAAUCCUACUACUCUUAACUACUAUUCUGUUUUGGUUUCUAUUGUCCCUACCUGUCAUUUCAGCAAGUGGAACAGCAGCAAGUUUUUCAGUGCAUAUGCUGCACAGAACAAAAUAUAAAUCUGUAUGGCACCAAAAAUCAAAGUGAAAACCAAACCAAAAACCCAAACACCCUAUGUAACUAUCGGAGGCAUGUAGGUGGUAUAAAUGACUGUAGCUGUGAUACACACAUGGCUACUUGUCACAUCACUUUCCAUAAUUAUUUACUGCAAAAUGAUUGAGAGGCUUUUGGUGCAGGCAGCCAUUAACCUCCUGCUUCCUUUGUUUCCUCUGGAUUACUUUGCAGUAAAUUGCAGGUCUUUUAAGAGAUUCAAGCUUCAGUUUUCUCAAAACAAAACAAUUAUCCUGUCUCAUCUGAAAAUGCAGGGUUGUGGGCAAAAGAGGCUGGUUAUAAUAAUGCCCUCAUAUUGAGUGGUCUGUAAACGGCUGCACACUUCAGGCACUGUAGUUGCUGAAGAUGCUUUGUUAAAUGUGACCUUGACUGGCUUUACAGGGGUGUAGAAUGUAAUCUACACAAGGUGACUUUGCAUCUAUCUUGCUCUUGAGGUGGAUGAAAUUGAGAAGCUGGAGUGUGUAAGCCAUGCACAUAAGUAUUCUUCACUGUAAAUUUUGUUUUCAUUUUUAACCCAAUUAUGGUACUUUGUCCAAUGCACAGCUGAUCUCUCAGUAGAUAUUCAUUUGAAAAUAGUGUGGCCUUGAUCAGUGAGAAAGGGAAGGAGAAAAGUGACUUUUUUGCUUAUGUAGAAAUGACUCAAUUGCGGAGAGUGUCUUUCUGCAGCACUCUUGGUAUAAUGUUAGUGAUGGUCUCCUUUUGAUUGGGGAAAAUUAAUGUUUUUGACCCUGGAGUUAAUUCAAUUGAGUUGUCUUCUAUUUUUAGGAAGUAUCAGAAUUGCUCUGAUGAAUAACAAAGUUGACUGUUUUGAUGUCCAAUCUCAGGUUUUAGAAUAUAGUGGUGUAAAGUCCCACUAUUUUUAAUUCUAAACAAUUUUAAUUUCGUAUACCCUAAAAGUCACAUGCAUAAGGCCUGUUCAGAGAGCAGAGCCUCCAUCUUUUUGCUCCUUUUCUACUUUGUACUUCACUUGAAAAAAAUGUCAAGUGACUUUACAUUGUAUAUUUCCAUUUUAAACCUGACAUAUUUCUCAAAGAUAAAGCACUUUUUGAUCAUGAAAUACAUGAAAUCUUUGUGUGAUGUGGAUCAUAGUUUCUCAGGCUCCCUUAGAUAAUUGCUUAUGAAUAUUGUUCUAACUCUGUGUAAGAAGAGUAGAAAUCUUUGCUAAUGUUAGGUUUGUAUUAUUGAUCCAGAAUGCAUUUUGCUAGUUUCCAAUGGAUGGGAGAGUAAACAAUGCUGCAUUCACAAUUUAAUAAGUUACUUUCCCUUGAGCCUUAAGGUAACUUUUUCUUUUUUGUCAACAACAGCACUGAAGUUAUAGUAAGUGAAUGAGAUUAUCAGUUUUCAGGGUUGGUUUUAGAGUACUGUAAAUCAAUUAGCUGUCUUCCUAAAGAGUUACAACUCCCAUUCAGUAUACUGGAUAAUGGGUGUGUGGGUGGGGCAGGGGAGGGCGGGAGAUAGUUUGUAGAAAAGAAAAAAGAAAAAAAAAAAAAACCACAUUUACCUUAAGAAAAUAAUAAACAAAAAAAGAAUAAAGUCUGUGUCAUAUGCCCCAUUUGAAAUUCCAAAUGUGGCCGGGUGUGGUGGCUCACACCUGUAAUUCCAGCACUCUGGGAGGCCGAGGCCGGCGGAUCACUUGAGGUCAGGAGUUCAAGACCACUCUGGACAACAUAGUGAAACCCCGUCUCUACUGAAAAUACAAAAAUUAGCUGGGCAUGGUGGCGCGUGCCUGUAGUCCCAGCUACUUGGGAGGCUGAGGCAGGAGAAUGGCUUGAACCUGGGAGGCAGAGGUUGCAGUGAGUGAAGAUUGCGCCAUUGCAUUCCAGCCUGGGUGGCAAAACAAGACUCUGUCUCAAAAAAAAAAAAAAAAAGAAAUUCCAAAUGUAAGGUGGAAAUGGCAGAUUAUAACUUCAUUUCCCCCAUUUUUAACUUAGAAAAAACAAAGGCAUUAAUUUUCAAGUAUUAGCUCCCCAGAAGUUUCAGCAGAUAGGUGGACUCUUGAAUAACAAGUUCUUUUGAUGUGUCUGACUUUGCUAUUUAAAGUCACCUUUCCCAGCCCUCAGUCUUAAAACUCAAUUUUAUUACUGACAGAUUUAACGAACUCUGAACAAUUGUGGCCCAAUUAUUCAGUACUGAAAAUUAGAUUUGGAGAAUGAAAAAAUAAUAAAAUUGCAUCAUGAAAACUUGUUACCCUAGAGAUUCCCAAUUGUUUUCUGUACCCUGAUCCAAGUAAGGCCUUCAUGAAUGUAUUUUAUAUUUCCUGAAGAAGUAGGGAAUAUGCCAUCAAUGUAAUCACCUCUAUUCACAAUCAUUUGAAAAUCUAACUCAUGCCAUUUGAAUUAGACAUUCCAACUGGGAUAGGUAGAGCCAUGUUAAAACAAUAACAACUGCCAUAUUGGCAGUUUCACUGCUUAAUAGGAUUUCUAAUAAAGUAAGAGCAGAGCUUUAUUGGGAGCUAAAACUCAUUUUUCUCCCAUAGGUGAUUCUAACAGUUCAAUUAAAAAGUACAAUUAUACUUUCAGGUGUCAUCAGAUUUUGAGUCUAGAAGCAAAUUUCAGUUUCCUUGUGUUAUAUCUAAUAUCCAUUGACAUGGGCAAGAGAACUAAUUAUAGCUUUUUAGUAUGAUGAAAUGUGGGCCCAGAGUAUUGGCAAGAAAGCAAUAGCCCUAUUCAGUGUCCAUUAGAAUAUUGCAGAAGGCAUGAGUUUGUCCUUCCCCUCCCCCCCGCCUUCCCUUCAAUAACUAUUCAAUAACUAACUUUUUCCAAAAUAUCGAUUUAGGCCAUCUCUUAUUUCUUAAAGCCAAAUAUUUUGUCCCCAGUCUUAACUCUGAGUUGCAAGAUCAGGCUGGCUGGAAGAAUCUUUAUGUUUGGAAAUGGGAUGGUGAGUGGUUUGUUUAUUCUCUUGUUAAAUUCCUUUUUGAGAGACAUAACUGCAGGGAGAGUCCCAAGAAAAUUGAAGCACUGGAUUAUAUCAUUAAACACAUUUGUGUUGUAGGAAUUUGGGAGUUUCAUUUUGAACUGAUAAGAUACUGGAUUUUUUUUUAAAUUGAGAUGGAGUUUCGCUCGCCCAGGCUGGAGUGAGUGCAGUGGCCCAAUCUCAGCUCACUGCAACCUUCACCUCCUAGGUUCAAGUGAUUCUCCUGCCUCAGCUUCCCAAGUAGCUGGAAUUACAAGCAUGUGCCACCAUACCCAGCUAAUUUUUUGUUUUUUUUAGUACAGACAGGGUUUCACCAUGUUGGCCAGGCUGGUCUUGAACUCCUGACCUCAGGUGAUCUGCCUGCCUCAGCCUCCCAAAGUGCUGAGAUUACAGGUGUGAGCCAUCAUGCCCAGCCCACUCUGAAUUUCUUAAUAGGUUGAGCAAAAAGUCUAGAGACUGGCUUGAAGUCAGUAUGGGACAUACUGAUUUUGCAUGUUUCGGUAGCAGACAAGUAUAUUUGAGUUAUUUUUCAAUGACAUCAAUCUUUGAGUAGUAACUAAGAUCAUCAGUGUAUUUGGACUUCUUUUUUCUGAAGUUCUAGAACGAUUAUAUUAGGUAUUUAUUCCUUUUGGGCCUCCAUGCAGAUGUUUUUCCAAGAUCUUUUUUAAAAAAUUCAUUUGUCUUCUGAUAUAUUUCCAGAUGACAUACUUUUUGUUCUCUAGGAAUCUUCACUGCCAAUCAUAAAUCUACCAGUGGCUUCCUUAGACUAGAUUAUCACUCCAAAGCUGGGACCGAUGUCCUGCCAGUAGAAAAUCUACAGAAAUAAUUUGAAUGAAUUAAAACCAAAUCUUGAUAGCAGGAGACAGCUUCCUGAUCUAGAUGUACAAUUAAAGUUUAGGUUGGAAAUUACUUUAAAAUGUGUUUUUUGGGGAUGUCUUCAAUCUCUGUGUAAAUACCCACAUGCUUAUGCAUUGUAAACCAAGUGUGUGUUCCUAUGUAUGAAUUUGUAGAACUGAUUUCUGCUUCAAGAGAAGCUGCACCUUUAAUUUUAUAAGGUCCCCUCCACCUGUAACCCUAUAAAUGUUUGUAAAUAGAACACUAAAAUUUGUAGUGAUAGGAUCAAUUUGGGAAUAUCUGCUGAGAGACCAAAAAGUUCAUUUUUUUAAGUACCUUGGUUAAAGAGUAAAGAUUAUUCCUCUUGCUUAUUUUUUAAAGAAGAAUGCACUUUAACAAACAUAGAGCUGCAUGGGCAAUUCAAACAAAUCUGUGAAGUGCAGUACCCAUUCAAAAAUCACACUUCCUGAAAACCGUUCAAAAGCAGAGUCCAGACGGGCUGUUGAUCUCAUUGCCUGUAGGUUGAAGCUCAGAUUUGAUCAAUUUUGAGAGGAGCAGAGCUGCUUCAAAAGAGCAAUGUGAAUACAGUCAGAAGCUUCAGACAGGUCUGUAAAAAUGGCGGGUCCCGUAUUUACCACUAACUAGCAAAACUGACAGAAAAACUCACAGAGAAAAAAGUUUAAGAAUCCUUCCUGCUGGUGUGCACUCCUUACAAUAGACUUUUGCAAAUGGAGUUUUACAGUCUAUAUUUAAAAAAAAUUGUAUGUUUGUAACAAAUAAAGUAUGCAGAAAAGUGAA